GCUACAAGCAUUCAACCGUUGUAAUAUAAACUUUUUCAAAUUUAGGAAUAUAUAGUUUAAUAUGACUAAUCCAAAGGAAAAUAAUAAUAAAUAAUAAGGAAAAGAAAAAAUGGAAGCUAGGUUUCGUCUCCAUCAUCCAGAGCUCUGAGCUGAUUUCGGUUCAUCACCGCACGGAUUACGAAAAUCAAACUCCUCUCUCUUUCAAUCAUGACCACUUCGAAGCGUGUAGCGGAGAGGAAAGUUGCCAAGUUCGAGAAGAAUAUCAGCAAAAGGGGAUUAGUUCCAGAGCAAGCCUCGUCCAAGAAGGGAUACGACUACCCCGUUGGUCCCAUUCUUCUAGGGUUUUUCCUCUUCGUCGUUAUCGGAUCAUUCCUGUUUCAGAUAAUUAGAACUGCAACAAGUGGGGGGAUGGCAUGAGACCUGAUACUGGAAACUCAGUUUUGUAUGGUAUGGCAGCCCACUCAAUGCCAUGACUUACUUUGUAAGUACCAUGUUUAGUAGAAUGUAAGUUAAAGCCUGAAUGAUUUACCUAACAAACAAAUCCCUUCCCGACUUGUACAAUUGCGCAUAAAUCGUUUUCUAGAAAACAUGUGUAGUAUAGUAUAUUUGUAAAUGGCACACUCUUGGAUGACAAUUAGUUCUUGGUUCAGUUGCUAAAAGGAAACAGUUCAUUCCUUCUAAA